AUGAAUCCGUCAUCAUAUCCCGUUCCAGCAGGAUUGUACACAAUACCAGACGACUUGCUUGACCUACGACCAGAUGAAGAAGUCGACCAAGACCUUCUCAGCCCUAAACCAGUCACAGACGAGAAAAACAUAUGGUUCUUCUGGCAUGCUAGGUACAAGAAUAUGCAUCCAUAUACACGACGAAACGUUCGUUCUUGGCACAGACGUCUUACAAAACGUGGCUGGGUAGUACGUGUACUAGACCGGGACCCUUCCUCGCCCCUCAAUGUUGCCAAUUUUCUGGAUAUCUCUAACCCGGGUAUUUUCCCUGGUGCGUUUGUGGACGGUACGAUAGGCGGAGAUUAUGCACCUCAACACACCUCCGAUCUUGUACGGUGGCCGUUAUUACUGAAAUAUGGCGGCGUAUAUGCAGAUGUAGGGUUGAUGCAAAUCGGUGAUUUGAAUCGUCUCUGGGACGAAACAAUUGGCAAUCCAGAGUCACGGUUCGAGGUCCUUUCUUAUAAUUCCGGAGGUGUGGAUGGUCGCGGUUUAAUGAACUACUUUCUUGCAUCUAAUCGCAACAACCCGCUUUUUGCAAGAUGUCAUCGCCUUCUUCUUGAGUUAUGGGCCGCGGAUGGUGGGCAAAUGAGCACGGAGGGAAUGCACAGUAGUCCCUUGUUAAAAGAGGUACCGUUGAUGGGUGGUAGUUUUACCAUCCAGGAAGAUGACAAGGUUCUCGGCCCGGAUGUUGUCAGUCGCUUGCUGACGGAUUAUAUCAUUCAAGGACAAGUCUUGACUAUGGUCAUGGGACUUAUCGACGAUGAAGAUGGGUGGGAUGGACCCCAGUAUGUCGCGGACCAUGUUUACGGCAUCGAAUUCAUGGAAGGUUCUCAAUUGAUCAACGAACUGACACAAUGGGAUGGCCAAAAGGCCUUUGAUCUCAUGUCGCUUGCACUUCCAAAACCAGGCGAGCCCGAAAGUUCGGAACAGAAAGAAGCACGAGAGAUUGUGGAAGGCUGUCUACAGCGAAGCUUUGGCUUCAAACUAGCACAUGGAAUGAUCUUGAGAGUAUUCAAGGUUACGCUUAGUUCCUUGUGGAGGGAUAAUCCGGGCUCGGAUAAUGUGCCUGGGACAUAUGCGCAUUGGUUUCGACAUGCUACGACGUAUUGGAAUCAAGACCAUAUUCCGCCGACGUUGGAGUUCAAGGUUAUACCAGCAAUCAAGAAGGGUCCUCUAUUAAGAGCAUUAUAG